AUGUCAAGAUAUAAAGCUUCUUCUUUCUGGGAAUCUGAAAGAGACAAAGAAAGAGACAUAGAGAGAGAGAGAGAAAAGGAAAGAGUAAGAGAAAAAGACAGAAUUGAAGAAAGAGACAUAGAAAGAGAAAGAGAAAGAGAAAGGGAAAAAGAAAGAUAUACAGAGAGAGCGCGAACUGGAGGAAGAGAGAGAGAAAGAUAUAUGGAAAGAGAAAAAGAUAUCGAAAGAAAUAGAAAGAGAUAUAAAAAUAAUAGCGAUAUUGAUACUGACAACGAAAGAGAUAGAAAUAAUAAAAGAGAGUGGGAUAGAGGGAAAAUUCAAGAUAAUAGAAACUAUAACAAAGAUUGGGAGAGAAAUACAGUGAAAAAUAUUGAGAGAGAAACUACUAGUUGGGGAAAAUCACAGAUAAAAAAUGAAGCCUUUAGUGAAUCUGAUAUUUCUGAUUCAUAUUCUGAUUCAUAUAGUGAUGAUAAAGGUAGGACUAAAAGUAAUAAAUCAAAAAAACAUAAACGUCGUAGUAGAUCACACAAAAGUUCUUCAUAUAAACAUAAAAAGUCAUCAUCACCAAAAAGUCAUAAAAAAUAUGAUUCUUCCUCAAGUUAUCCUAGUCCAAAAAGUCAUAAAAAACUUGAUUCUUCCCCACGUUAUCCUAGUCCAAAAAAUCAUUCAAGCGAGGAUGGAUCAGAUAAAUAUCAAUCUAAUGAUCUUUUAGAUGAUAAAACUACUACUGAUAAUUAUCACUCCAAAAAAGAUAUGUCUGAUGAUGUGAUAGUUGGGCCUGUUCCAUUACCACUAGCCGAUGCAAGACUAGGUGAAAGAGAUUAUGGUGGAGCUUUAUUGGCAGGUGAAGGUUCUGCAAUGGCAGCAUAUGUUCAAGAAGGUAAACGUAUUCCACGUCGUGGUGAAAUAGGAUUGACAAGUAAUGAGAUUCAAUCAUUUGAAGGUGUCGGCUUUGUGAUGAGUGGUAGCCGUCAUCGUCGUAUGAAUGCAGUACGUAUACGUAAAGAAAAUCAAGUUAUUUCAGCUGAAGAAAAAAGAGCUUUAAUGUUGUUCAAUCAAGAAGAAAAAUCAAAAAAAGAAAACAAAAUUAUUUCAGAUUUCAGAGAAUUGUUGGCAGAAAAAUUACAAGGAAAAUGA